AUUGUAAUAAAGAGGACAUUUUUUUGUGGAAAUACGCCUUAACAGUGCACCUUCGUAUUUAUGGUAGGCGACUUCAUAGUGCAUAUGUUUAUCUUUUAAACUUGUUUAUUGAUAACCUCUGCAACGGCUAUUUCAAAUAAGUAUACUGAAUAACCCACCUACGAAACUACUUUAUACUUCAUAAAAGAACGUGUUUCAAACUUUUAUGUCUUCUGUUUGACUACAAAAUGAAAUCAGCAAAUUUUAAACCACCUGUUGCAACUCGUAAAUGCACAAAUCGCACGAAAUGUGACAACGAAGUUUACAAGGAACCCGUUAGGGUUUUCUGCCGUUUGAGGCCAAUGGUUCAUCCCAAUGAUGUGUCCUGUAUGAAGAUCUUAUCGGAUACAACCUUGGUGAUCACUCCACCAGAAUCAAUAACAAACAACCGUAUCAUGAAUAGAAUUAUUCAGACAUCUUUCAGCCGUGUCUUUUGUCCAAACACGUCUCAAAAAGAUGUGUUUGAAUUAGUUGCUCUUCCAUUAGUUGAGAAUCUGAUUAAUGGUAGGAAUAGUUUACUCUUCACAUAUGGAGUAACUGGUAGUGGUAAAACAUAUACCAUGUCAGGGAAUCAGUAUGAUGCAGGCAUCAUGCCGAGAUGUUUGGAUGUUGUUUUUAAUAGCAUAGCAAAUUGUCAAGCAAAAAAGUUUAUUUUCAAACCAGAUAAACUAAAUGGAUUUGAUGUGCAAUCGGAAGUGGAUGCUUCAUUAGAUAGACAAAAUGAGCUUCAGAAGCUCGGUGUUGAUCAAAAUGGGAAAACUCCUAGAAUAACUAAGACUGAUGACGAAGCAAAUAAUAAUGAGAAUGGCUCCAUCGAAACUGGUGUAUCGCAAACACUAAUUGUUGAUGAAGAUAAUGCAUAUGCUGUGUUUGUAACAUAUAUAGAAGUUUAUAAUAAUAGCGUGUAUGAUUUAUUAGAAGAUAACGAGGGUAAAAUAAAGAUUUUACAGAGUAAAAUUGUUCGAGAAGAUGGGAACAGGAACAUGUACGUUCAUGGAUGCACAGAGGUGGAGGUGAAAAGUUCACAAGAAGCUUCUGAAGCAUUCCGAAGAGGUCAAAGGAAAAGACAUAUUGCAUAUACAGCCCUCAAUGCUGAAUCCAGUAGAUCUCACAGUGUUUUUACUAUAAGACUUGUACAGGCACCAUUGGAUAAGGAUGGAGAACAAAUUGUGCAAGAUAAACGAGUUAUUUGUAUUAGUCAAUUGUCGUUAGUAGAUUUAGCUGGAAGUGAGCGUACAAAUCGUUCCAAGAAUACUGGUCAACGACUUAGAGAAGCAGGAAAUAUAAAUAACUCAUUGAUGACUCUAAGAACAUGUCUGGAAAUGCUACGUGAAAAUCAAAUCCAGGGUAUAAACAAGAUAGUUCCAUAUAGAGAGUCCAAAGUGACUCAUCUUUUCAAAAAUUAUUUUGAUGGUGAAGGCACUGUUAGAAUGAUUGUUUGCGUUAAUCCUAGAGUUGACGAUUACGAUGAAUCUAUACAAGUAAUGAAAUUUGCCGAAGUCAGUCAGGAAGUGCAAGUGACGAAUUCCACAAGCUCAAAAUUAAAUUUGGGAUAUACACCCGGCAGAAGACAAGCCAAUAAAAUAUUUAAAGAAGCAAAGAAUAGAUUAGAAUCUGCUGGUAACCCAGCUGCUGGUGACUUAGAAGUCGACUUGGGUUUAGUGUACAGUCUUGGAGGACCAUUUCCAAACACAGACUUAACGAAUCCACAUAAUGACGAAAUAAUUACAACGCUCAUGCGAUUCCUGGAGAUGCGUAUCCAAAAAAGAAACGUCUUACAAGAGGAUUUAAGGCAGAAACAAACUAACUUCAGGAAUAUGUUAUUGAAAAUGGAACGGGACAACACGUCGCUUAGGAUUGAGAAUUCCUCGUUGAAAUUGUCAAAUGAUCAACAAAAGAAAAAAAUAUCUGCUUUGGAAUCCCACAUUUGCAAAACGGAAGGACAAAUUGACACUCUCCUGUUUAGAUUGAAUAGCGCGAACGACAUAAUCAGACAUAUGAAAGAAGAAAUGAAGAACAAAGAUAUGGUAUUAAAUCAACGUGCAAUAGACAAGCAAAGAGUUAAAGAAAAAUAUAGUAAUAAGAUUCAAAUUGAGACUGAUAAGAUGGGCAAGGAGUUAGAAACUAAAUUACGUCGGCAGCGUGAAAUUCUUCAGAGUCAAAUGAAACAGAAGGAUGAGAAAUUGCAGCUAAUGAAACAAAUACUACAAGAUGAUGACGCUGUUAUUGAAAGAAAAACGGAAUCGAAGGAAUCAAUUCCAUUAACAAUAUCAAGUGAUUCAGAAGUUCCUAGAACACCUAAAGUUACUACUAAUAUCGCAACAGUAUCAGGAGCUGCGUCUUCUGUACCAACUACUCCAAAGACCUGCGUGCAGACACCGUCCACGGUUCAGUUUGAAGACUCCCAUGAUACCAAACUUAGUACAACGGAAAGAAUUCCAGUUGUGAAUCUGCGGUACAGACGAUCACAAAGCGCUGAGAGAUGGGUAGAUCACCGGCCUUCUGGCUUGGUUCCAGUUGGAACUAUCCUCCAACCGCUUCUACGACACAAGCGAAGUGUAACACAAUUGACAGAUCCAAGAGAUAUAACAGGUGGAGUAUCCAGGUAUUGUCUCGUCGCACAGGAACAAGAUACUGAUGGUGAACUGGAAACUAAACUAUACAAAGGUGAUAUAUUACCAACUAGUGGAGGAGGUGUCCAAGUGGUGUUUAACGACAUGGAACACUUGAAGCAAGUGUCGCCUGUACCAAGAAGAAAACGCAGUAGUUACUUCAGUCCAGAGAAAAAAACUUCGUGCAAUGAUAACUGUAGUCAAGAGGAAAAUAAUACGAAAAAGCCUCGCGUUUAGGUUUAUUUGUUAAAUGUUCGCAACAUGUGAUGUGUCGUGAAUCGAGAUGAAGACUUAUAUCAUAAGAAAAGACUAAUUACAUAGUUUAUAUGUAUGCAAAGACCAAAGUGACGAAGGGAUGGAAUUCUCUUCUAUUUUUCUUUCCUUUUAUGCAGUAACGAAAAGUACAAAUCAGUUAUAAGCGCGUACAAAUUGGUACUUAAUACAGUUUUUGUUUCGUUUGAUAACGAAAUAUAUAUUUUCUGUUCCUGAAUUAUUACUUUAGAUCAAAAUAUAAUUAAACUGUUUAUAAUUCAAGGUGUAUUGUUAAUUAAGACAUUUUUAUCUUACAAAAGAACGAAACGAUGUCUUCCGCACCUUAACAUAAAGUAAGAUUAAAGAUAUUCUUGUCUAAAAUC